GGUGAUGCGGGUGCUGCUAGUGCUGCUGGUGCCAGUGGCUUGUGCCAUUGGACACCUUUCGUUUCAAGAGCGUUUCUCUGCAAUACACUCUAAUCAUGAUGACUCCACCCCUCCAUCGAACGUCGGACAUCGUCUACCCCUCAACUGGCGCCUUCCUCCCCCAGAAUACUACCAAAGGCACCCGAAACGUUCUGGGGGAGGUAGGCUUUGGUGGUGCCAGUGGCCCGUGUCUUUCGGCACUCUUCUUAUACCUCGUCGUGCUUUGCGCACGUAAAACGUGCC